ACGUUUACGGGUGUGAAAAAUACGAGCACGGGUGUCACGUGCAAUCGUUUAUGUUUUUAAAGCAGCUUUCCAUAGAACACUAAAGUGAAGAAGAGGAAGGAGAAAAUGGAGGAAGACAACCUUUCACUGGUCUUGCACAGUAAAGGCGAUUUAAGGCUGGAACAACGUCCCAUACCAGAGCCUGGAGCUGAUGAGGUUUUACUUCAGAUGCACUCAGUCGGGAUCUGCGGCUCCGAUGUGCACUACUGGCUGAAUGGACGUAUUGGGGACUUUGUCCUUCAGAAGCCGAUGGUCCUGGGCCAUGAGGCAGCCGGGCGAGUGGUUAAAGUGGGAUCUGCAGUCACCCACCUCAAACCAGGUGAUAGGGUGGCUGUUGAACCUGGAGUUCCCCGAGAAAUGGACGAGUUUUUCAAAUCUGGACGUUACAACUUAUCACCUACUAUCUUCUUCUGUGCCACACCACCUGAUGACGGGAACCUCUGCAGAUACUACACACACAAUGCCAAUUUCUGCUACAAGCUUCCUGAAAAUGUGAGCUACGAGGAAGGGGCUCUGAUUGAACCGCUCUCAGUAGGGAUUCAUGCAUGCAGGAGAGCUGGAGUUACUCUGGGCAGCUGUGUGUUCAUCUGUGGAGCAGGACCAAUCGGCCUGGUCACCCUGUUGGUAGCUAAAUCCAUGGGAGCCUCUCAAGUGCUUAUAAGUGACCUAUCUGGUGAUAGGCUGGCCAAGGCGAAAGAGUUAGGUGCUGACUUCGUUUUUCCUGUUAAGAGAGAGGAUACACCACAGGAAAUGGCCAAACGUGUGAGUGGUAUGCUGGGGGGCAUGCCUCACAUCACCAUCGAGUGUUCUGGUGUCGAGAGUAGCAUCCAAACUGCAAUCUAUGCCACACGCUCUGGAGGUGUAGUUGUUCUGGUUGGACUCGGUGCUGAAAUGACCACAGUGCCUCUCGUUAACGCUGCUGUCAGAGAAGUGGACAUCCGAGGCGUGUUCCGAUACUGCAAUACGUGGCCUAUGGCUAUUUCUAUGCUGGCAUCUAAGCGUGUGAAUGUAAAGCCACUGAUCACACACCGCUUUCCACUGGAGCAAGCUGUGCAGGCGUUUGAGACGACUAGACAAGGCAUCGGGAUCAAAGUUAUGCUGAAAUGUGACAAAAAUGACCAGAAACCAUAAGAAAUGAAAGAAAACGAAAUCUCUCCCCUUUAAUAAAACAGUUCAAUCUGGUCUGACUUCAAUUUUAGAAUUAUUACAGCCUAGCCAACCAUGUAUUUCAUCAUAAUUUUAUGAACAUACUGUAAUGGAUAUCGUGGUCAAAUUAAAUGAGAGUUUUUAUAAUCAUGUGUUACAGUAACUUUGGGCUGCAUUUCUAUAAGUUAAACCUACAGCAGAUAAGUUCAUACAUGGUGAGAAAUGAGUUUGCCCUGUUCUAAUGUUUGUCCUGUUCCUUUACAAGAGAAUGAAUGAAAAUAGACUCUUAAAUGAAGGGUAUUUUGCUAGAUGUUGUAUGAUGUGAUUAUAACCACCAGGGGGUAACAGAACUCUACAUACUGGAGUAAUUAAUAAUCACAGACAGGAUUCAUAACUCAACCUCAUCACAAUUAUGGCAGUAGAUUUCGGAGAGCCAUCGAUGUUUGCCAGGGGACCAUUAUAUAUUUAUUUGGAAAUCGUAACCCCCUACUAUGACGAACGAUUUUUAAAAAAUAGUUAUCCUCUUUAAUGCAGCUUAAGCCAGACCUACAUAACAUAAAUAAAGUCAACUUGGACCUACA